CACCAAAACAUUAAUUGUCCAUUGCUAAAUGCACGCAUUGCUUGUCUAUUUGUUGCGCAUACACGUGGGUAUAUUUCAAUACAACCAGGCUCUGGUUGAUGUCCAGUUUUUUUUUCAACACGGAAAGUUUGGAAAAAGUUACUACUGAAGCCACAAAAUAUGAUCAGAACCGGUCCCAAUCCAACCGAUACCCAGCCGCAGCUGACGCACUUGUCAGAGAAAAGGUUAGGAUUAUGUGAGGCAUGUAAUGUUAGCGCAGCCCAGUAUACUUGCCCCCGUUGUGAGGUUAAAACGUGCAGCUUGGUGUGUUUGAAUCUUCACAAACAAGAGCUCAAAUGUGAUGGCGUAAGAGAUCGUACGAAGUACAUUCCCCUGGUGAAAAUGACACGGGUGGAUCUUAUGAACGAUUAUUACUUCUUGGAAGAGUGCACGAAAUUCGUGCAAGACCGUAAGCGGGAUCGCAGAAAGCGGUUCACGUGUACCAAUAGGCAUCUGCCGAACCAUUUAGUUCGGCUUCAACGAGCCGCGAUGGAGCGUGGAACAAUGUUAAAAAUUCUGUUACAACAUUUCAGCAAACGGGAGAAGAAUACUACGUAUCUCGAUUUCAAAAGUGGCAAAAUUAUGUGGCGUAUCGAAUGGUGUUUCCCGAAUGGCAGUGAAACAAUCGUAUUUGUUGAUGAAAAUGUGAACGAAGACUGCAAACUUUACGAUCUUGUGGAUAAAUAUUUACAACCAGCAGAAAAAAGCAAUGUCCACGGAGCAGCCAAACUUGCAUACUAUCAGGCAAGAGGAAUUUCGGCACUGCAAUUGUUGCUUAAAGCAGAAGGAAUAACACAAUGUCGCAAUAGAGCUUUACCACUUAACUUAAACGAUACGCUUCGUGAAUCGUUACAAGGCAAAACUGUAGUAGAAUUUCCUACUAUUUAUGUUGUCUUUAAGGAUCAGCCAGAUCAGUUCAACGUUGUUGAUAGCGAUGACGACAUGGAAGACGAAAUGCAUCAGUAUAAACAUUUCAUAGAUAAAAGCCUAAAACAUAUAGACCGAAGUUCAAAGGUGGAAAACAUAGAAGGUCGUUUAGACAAAAUGAAACUUGAACAAAUUAAUCAAGGUAAUGCGAAGAACAGGGACAAACCUCACGAGGGUAGUUUUAAUUUUCUUUUUAGUGACGAAAAGUUUCUUAAUGAUUUGUCAGAAUCAGAUGACGAAUCGACCGUUCCAAAGAAAGGCAAGUCAGAAUCUGUAAGCAUUAGUGUGGAUAAAGAUGAUGCCUCUACAUCAUGGUAAUGUAGUUUUACAUGUACUGCGAUUGGUCAAAAUUACACUGUAGUUAAUAAGUUUUCGUUUGUAUGUUUUAAUUAUUAUAUGAUAUUGUUGAAUGAAUUUACGUAUAUGUAUGAUUUAAUACGUAUAAAGCGAACUAUGUUGCAUAUUAUGGAAAUAUAAUCAGAAUUUUA